GCAUUACCAAUUUCGGAAGGCCGACCACGUCGAGUACGAUGCUACGAAGAGGCCGUUGGCAAUGGGCCCUUCUCAUCUGGUAUAAGAGGUCAAUCGGACCUGCUUCUGUUGAUGAUUCUCGAGUGCAUCAUCAUUGGCGAGGUCGACGGAGUCAACAUUUGACGAGUAGCACACUUGGUCAAUGUUGUAAAGUGAGAGUGCAUUUCAUUUACAACACUCUAACUUCCUCUCUCGCCCUAGACGACUUCACCACAUGAGAUUCGCUUCCUUGGUUCUUUCAUAUUCAAAAAGACUCUAA